AUGAUGAGCGCCUGCAAGGGCUCAGAGAACCAGUUGCAUGAGUUGAAGGCCCAGCUCAUCAGCGCCAAGGAAAGGCUCGGCAAUAUCCGAGCUAAGGUCGAAGAGCUGCUAGACGGGGAGGCGACGCUCUGCCUGAUGGCGCAGAAGCUGCAGAACUCCAUCCAGCAGCUCCGAGAAGCGGAGGCUCAGCAGCAGGCCAUCCAGGAGCACCUCUCGAGGAUGCAGACGGGCCAGAACUUCCACGCCUUCGCCCUGGCCAGGGUAUUGGGAGUUGGCACCGGCGCAACGGCAGGCGAUGUGCUCAUGGGCGCGCAGACGAUUCAGAAGGCACAGCGGGCGGUGAUCUCGGGCCCCCGCGGCAAAGACACCGCCACCGAAGAGACAGUCGGCAUCGCCGACGCCAGCCAGGGCCCCCACCAGGCGGGGGCCCCCCAGAACAUCACCGAUCUAGAGCUGGACUUCUUGGUUUCGGAGCUGUUCCAGGCUUUCGCCGAUUGGGAAACUCAGAUGUUGACGGCAAGCGAGCUAGCUGCCCACAUGCUUGAGUUUCUGGUCAAGUCGAAGCCGGCCCCGAGAAGGGCCUUGAAGCACUCCCGCAACAAGCUGUUAGACGACCUCGCGCAGCAGUUGAGCAGCGCCAGGAAUAUGUGGGAUCCUGCCUUCAUGGAUGACCUCGUCAACGGCAUCGAGCUGUUAGACGCUAGGCUCUGGAAGGAGGCGGCCAUCGCCCUCGUCACGAUUAUGUACGAAGAAACCAAGUCUAGGGUGUUCACCAUGAACUGGAAGGCGGGCAAGACGGAGCUCAUGGCCUUCUUCAGCGGCACAGUCUCCAGGAAGGUGAUGCUGGCUAAGGCGGAGGACGCGGAGCUAGCACGCACGCUCCGCGAGAAAGGCCACUAUGCGGAGUCAGCGCAGCUGCCGCCUGUCCUCGCGACAGGCCCUAGGCUGAAGGGGGCGGCUGCCUCCAAGGGCCUCCCCACUAGCAUGCCGAGAAUAUCUUGCCAACCCGUGUGUAUCCAGGAAGAGAUGCCCACUCAGGCGGCGGUCCACCUGCCCGCGGCCCCUGGCACUAAGUACAAUAUGAUCCUCCGUGCAGCUCCCAGGAGUCAAGGCGACAUCCAGGAUAGAGCGGAGAAGUCCAGUGCCAUGGCGGGCAUGAAUGUUUUUGUUCUGUCACUAAAUAUCCCCGAGCUUUUCCAUAAUUCCAUCGAGGGAUUUCACAAGGAACUGCUGUUCAUUACUGAUAGUAUUCUAGCUGGGCGCGUUGUUGGUCUCUUGGCGGACUUUCUUCUUUCCUCGUGCGACCCUGCCCCCCGCUGCAAAGCCAAGGGUGGAGAAAGCAGGCCGUUAAGGAGCUGCGAUGAGCCAUGUGGGAUUUCAGCCAGGUCGCCCUCGGAGUGGAGGCAGCUGGAGCUCGACAGUGCGUGCCUUCGGGCGGCACUGGCGCUGGCGCCGUGCGCGGCGUCCUCGGGCCUGGCGACCUUGCUCAUUUUAAACCCACCUGCUCCGCAAGCCAAUUUGCCUUGUAUUUGGAAGGUCCCCGAGGUCAGGUUCCUGUGCUCCCUGCAGGCAACGUCUCCGACAAUCACGCCGAGCUGCGUGCCCAUUGGGGACCGUCAGUGCCUGUGCAUGACUGCCGCGCCGAUCCUGGCCCCUCCUGACAGCAGCCAGGUAGAGUUCUACGUUGCUGCUGUUAUCACGCAGUUCAUGACGGACCAGGACGAUUCCUUCGCGUGGGUCUACACGUGCGUGGAGUGCCUGGCGAAGGAGCUCGGGUGCACCGAGCAGGCAGCCUCCCAGAACCGCCGGGAGGAGUUCCCGGGCAUGGGCCGCGAAGGCGUGUGCGCCCUGGCUCGCAGCGACCUGGUGGAGGUGCUCAAGCCGCUCGCAGAGUUCGUGGCCGGAAAGCUGAUCCAGCUGAAAGCACGGCAGCAGGGCAUCGAGGAGUACGACAAGCUUCCCGCGGAGCUCCGCGCCGCGAAGGGGCAGGACAGGGAGCUGAUUAUCAUCGAGGAGUUGGGGAAGUGGGACCAGGUGCUCGAGAAGCUCAACGCGCCGCUGGCCUUCCUGGGCAAGGUGGACGCCGAGCAGAUGUUCAACGUCGCCCAGUACUCCGACGAAUGGGUGAUCACUGACAUUGGGGCGCUCAGGGCCUGGUACGUCUGCCUCCAGGACUGGGGCGGCCAGUGCCCACCGUGCGGGGCGGUCGCGCCGCCGAAGCAAUGGAAGCGCAUGUUCGAGGAUAUCGGCUCGUCGAAGCAGAAAUGGCACUGCGUCUGCUGCCAGACGCGCUUUCGCACGGCCUACGGCAUGCUCGUCGAGGUGCGCACCGAGGCCGUUUCCACCUUCAUGCUCGCAGAGGCGCCCAACAAAGAUGUCGAAUACGCGCGUGCCAUGUACCUGGAUAAGAAGCUGAACCCCAAGAACCACAAUGACCAAUGGCAGAAGAUCCCGGACUUCACGCCAAUCGACCCCCCGCACAUUCUGCGCCCGGCUGAGAAGCAAGAGCUGGCAAUCACCGAUGGGGUUCGACAUGAGCACGGUCUGGCAGCCGCGGGCAGCAAUGAGUACCAGGCGAAGCUGACGCAGUCCGGCACGCAGAAAGUCAGCACAGGCGAGCAGAGAGCGGAUAUUGACAAAAGCGGUGCGCAGGCCGGACCCCAGAUGAAAGCCGGAGUGGAUUGCGUGAUCAAGGUUCGCAUCGUGUCCGCCCGGAGCGUACACGGCGAGAGCAUGCCCGGCCAGGUGGGGCGGUGGAAGGCAGAGGCUUUCCGAGCCGUGUGCGAGCAGUUCGCAGACGAGGGUGUGCGGCUGAAUUUGACCGUCAUCGGCGACUCCGAGUUGGAGAUGAACGCCGCCAGGGCGAUGCGCCAGGAAUUCGAGCACGCAUUGGUGAAGACAGUCAAGCUGCAGGAUUCCGCCUCAGCCAUCCCUCUCGUUGAUCCACCUCGAGCUUUGCCUGUUCGCAAGCCUUAG